AUGGAUCCUGGCGAAAUUCACAUAAUAGGCCAUUCUUUAGGAGCGCAUACAGCUGGUUAUGCUGGGGCUUUAGUUCCAGGACUGGGAAGAAUAACAGGAUUGGAUCCAGCUGAGCCGUAUUUCCAAGGAAUGCCAGCACAUGUACGGCUGGAUCCAAGCGACGCGGAACUAGUGGACGUUAUUCAUACUGAUGGUAAAGGUAUCUUCUUUUUAGGUUAUGGAAUGUCUCAACCUUGUGGUCAUUUAGACUUUUAUCCCAAUGACGGCAAAGAGCAACCUGGAUGUGAUAUUACCCAGACGCCGUUAGUUCCUUUGACUUUAAUAAGAGAUGGUCUUGAAGAGGCUUCACGUGUUUUAGUAGCGUGCAAUCAUGUCAGGGCCAUUAAAUUAUUUAUCGACAGUAUAUCCACUAAAUGUCCUUAUAUAGGACAUCAAUGCAAAACUUACGGACAGUUCAAAGAAGGAAGAUGCUUUACUUGUAAACCUGGCUCAGGAUGUGCUAUUAUGGGAUAUCACGCUGACAGUACUCCAGGUUUAUUAGAUAAUAAUGAGAUACAACCCCAAUCAAAAUUACAGGAAAUGGUAGGAUCAAAGUACUUUUUAACAACAGGCAAGGAAUAUCCAUACUGUCAUCGCAUGUAUCGAAUUAGCACAGAAUUGGCACAUCCUCCAUUUGCAGAAAAUUGGGUACAAGGCCACCUUAAAGCAUCUAUCUAUAGUCCAUCAGGUGUAAUACACGCAGAAUUGACACCAUCUGGUGAUAUGAAACUAGAACAUGGAGCUACAUAUACCACUGUUAUAUCUCAUCCUGUCGAUCUAGGCGGUAAUGUUAGAAAAGUCGAACUUAGUUGGGAAUAUGACAUGAAUGUUUUAGAGCCUAGAACAUUGUGUCUAUUUUGGUGUAAUGAUCAUUUAUAUGUAAAGAAUGUUCUGGUAGAAGAAAUGGAGAUGCCAGGUAGAGGGUAA